CUUCUCUUUUUCCCUAUCAAUUAUAUAUUUCCAGUUUGAUGUUUUCUUUUUGAGAUUCAAUUCUAGUACACUUGUUGUAAAUCAUCAUUCUUUCAUCAAUUUCCCAAUCAAAUGCACAUACUCAAAAUUUACAAAUUUAGUGCUCUUAACUCAUAUGUGAACCUCCACUUGAAUUGCAAGCCUUCAUUUAUCUCUUAUCAAUCCCGUUAAUUUCAUCACAUCUUCAAUCUUUCUUACCUUCUACUCUUCUUUUUUACAUCUUCUCAAUCUCCAAUUAAUAGAUGGUAUCAAUGGCUUUCUUGACCAACGAAGGAGCCUCUUCUUUUUCUUCUAGCCACCGAUGGAACUAUGAUGUCUUCUUGAGUUUUCGAGGUAAAGAUACUCGUAAUAAUUUUACAGGCCAUCUAUAUAAGGCUUUGCGUGACCAAGGUUUUAACACCUUCAUCGAUAAUGGCCUUCAGAGGGGAGAAGAAAUUUCAAUGGAACUUCUUAAAGUCAUUGAGUUGUCAAUGAUUUCGAUUGUUGUAUUCUCUAAAAAUUUUGCAUCUUCUCCUUGGUGCUUGAAUGAACUUGUCAAGAUUUUUGAGUGUAGGAGUAGUGGUCAAUUGGUUUUACCAAUUUUUUACAAAGUGAGCCCAUCAGAAAUACGUAAACAAGAUGGAAAGUUUGGGAUUGCACUAGCUAAACAUGAAGAAAAAUUCAAAGAUGACAUUAAAAAGGUUCAGAGGUGGAGAACAACCUUAACUGAAGCAGCAAAUUUGUCUGGAUUUCCUUACAAUGAUGGGUAUGUAUUUAAUUAAUGACUAUUCUAGUGUGCUUUUAUAUGUUACAAACUUUUUGUGCUUUUCAAUUUAUAAAUUAUGUCAUCGUUUCUAACAUUGAAGAUGGGGAUGUUGGCGGUGCGAGGGGUAGGGACGAUGAAGGUGAAGGGGAAGGCCUUUUCUUUUAAUUUAAUUUUUAAAAUUGGGUCGAUGCCAAGGAUCUUAGUCAACAAAUUAUCACAUGACACAAUAUUAUUAGAUGAGAAGACCACUAGGUAUUGUUGAUGUAGUUUUCUAUGAAGACUGAAUAAUUUCUUUAUAUUCAU